CCGGGGCGAUGAGCGGGGCGGGGGCCGCGCUGCGGGACUACAACGCGGAGCUGCGGGAGGGGCUGUCGGAGCUCCGCGCCCGUCGGGAGGAGGUGAACGGGCGGAUCCGGGAGGAGGAGGCGGAGCGGAGUCGGCUGCAGGGCCGGAUCUGGGCACUGACCGAGCGGCUGGCCCGGACCGGCGAGAGCCUGGCCCGGAACCUCGCCCUCCGCAGCGAACUGGACCGAACCAUCGCCGAGACCGAGGCGGCUUACGACAAGAUUCUGGAGAGUUCUCAGACAUUGCUAGAUGCCCUGAAGGGAGAAACUGAGACUGCUGGUAAAGCCAGUGAGCCACAGACCCCCUCAAAAGAAAAAGAAGCACAUGGACAAAAGAAUAACUGAACUUGUUCUUCAACCUGGAAAGUCCUCUUGGUCUGGGGCAGCUGCUCUUCUGAUACAAGGAUGCCACAUUUAAUAAAAGUCUUUGUUUUGCAGAAGUAAAUUUUCCUUUCAGAUGCACGUUGGUAUUAGAGAUCUAC